AUAGCCAGUAUUUGAGUCUUCGGGGGGGCAAAAGGCAAGGCAGUUGUGGAAGCGCAGAAACGAGGCUGUGAUACCCUCACGCACACUCCCACUCACUUCACUUUGAGAAGGAAGCGGGCACACCUCCAUUUUGGUCAUCAUCCAUUCUUGUCAGGGUUCCCUUCAGGCAAGAAUGAUGGCUUGGUAGUUUGUGAGCUGUGACUUGUGUUUUGUUGAAGAGGUUGACUCCUUCACUGGAAUUCCAUCUUUCUUUUUGGACUCUUAACUCUCGUACCCAAUGCUGACCGAAGCGUGCGGCGCCAUGUCGAUGGGCUCGGAUGUUCGGGAUCUGACUCUCCUGUCUCCAAGCCCCCAGGUCACCUCCCUAGGUGGGGCUGGAGGUGGCUGUGGCCAGUGGACACCACUGUUGGACCUCCAUCCCGGCUCUCCCUACAACUCCCUGUCCUCCCACCACUCCUUCAUCAAGCAGGAGCCGAGCUGGGGGGUCGCCGACCCUAUCGAGGACCCCCACUGUGGACUCGGGGCCUUCACGUUGCACUUCUCGGGCCAGUUCACAGGCUCGGGCCCUUGCCGGGUGGGGACCUUUGGAGAGCCGACGGCGGGCCAGCCCAGGGUUUUUCCCAAUGGAACCUACCUCCCCGGCUGUGUGGACAGUCCUCCUGCACCCAGGAACCAAGGGUAUGGUGCAAUGGGCUUAGACGGGAACCCCAGUUACGCUCACACGGCGUCUCACCACCCCCCCCAGCUCUCCAGCCUGUCCUUCAAGCACGAGGACACACUGUCGCCACCAAACAACAUUGUUGAGCAGCAAUACCCCCCUCCUCAUCCACCUCCUCCUGCCCCACCUGUGUUCGGGUGCCACAAUCCUGCAGAAUCCUGCCCAAGCAACCAAGCACUACUGUUGAGAAACUACAACGGUGAUAACCUGUACCAAAUGGCGUCUCAGCUGGAAUGCGUCACGUGGAACCAGAUGAACACGCUUGCGUCUUCCAUGAAGAACAGCCACACGACCAGCUAUGACAGUGAUCCCAUACCCCCGCCCCCUCCCAUGCUGGUGAGCGCCCAGUACCACAUCCACACGCAUGGCGUGUUUAGGGGGCUUCAGGAUGUAAGACGAGUUCCCAGUCUCGCUCCACCAGCUGUAAAGUCAUCCGAGCCCAGUGAGAAGCGUCCUUAUGUGUGCACCCAUCCUGGUUGCAACAAGCGGUACUUUAAACUUUCACACCUGCAGAUGCAUGGAAGGAAACACUCGGGUGAGAAACCGUACCAGUGUGAUGUCACAGAAUGCGGCCGCAGAUUUUCUCGAUCAGACCAACUGAAGAGACACCAGCGCAGACACACAGGAGUGAAGCCUUUCGAGUGCGAGACAUGUCAGCGCAGGUUUUCACGGUCAGACCACCUUAAGACUCACACUCGGACUCAUACAGGUAAAACAAGCGAGAAGCCGUUCACAUGCCGCUGGUCAAACUGUCAGAAAAAGUUUGCCCGCUCCGACGAGCUGGUGCGCCAUCACACCAUGCAUCAGAGGAACCUGACCAAGCUGCCGCCUGCCAUCUGAGCCAGGAAGGUGGCGAUGCAGUGUGCCAGCCAAUAGAGCGAGAGAGCCAGGUCAAAGGUUGUGGUGCCUUGCCAAAUGUGCAUAAGUGGAGGUCACAGCUGAUGCCAAUCCACCUCGACCACAAGGCACCCGUAUGGCCCGCAAGAUGCAACUCAGCCAGCACUCUUAUUGGGUCAUCUCCACUGAGGUUACUCCCAUCUUAUAAUUGAGCCCAGAAUUAAAAAAAAAAAAACGACACAAGGAAACAGUUGAUGUUCUAUUUUUGAUAUCAUAGCACACUUGCACUGUUAUUUGGGUUUUCUCGUAAGUGCUGAAUCGUGUAAACUGGAUUUAGGAAAUGGACAGCAGUGAUUUGUGGGGGAUGUAAAUACAUACAAUGCACGCCUAAUAACUUUGUACAUAUAUGAUGUAGAUGCUUACUUUUAAAGACAUUUGUUUUGUACGGUGUAUUUUUUUAUGUCUCUAAAUGCUGAACUACAUCAUUCUCCGGUGUGUGCGUUAGUGUGUUUGCGCUGUCAGGUUAAGAGGCCACCUAUGAUCGAGGUGUUUGGGGAGUGACAGGUAGUAAAACAGCACCCCACCGACGCUCUGACAGGGCGCAGGUCUCACCCUCCUAAAUCUCUGCCGCACAUCUUCAUAACUGGAAACAUCUGGAACUCAAUAAAUCGUAUUAAAAAAAGACACAUACCAAAGUGUCACUACCUCACUGAGGGCCCCAACAUUUUUUAAGUCUUUAUAAGUAUUGAAGUAUUGUCACGUGUAGGUAUUCUACCUUAAGGAAGCAAAAAUGGAAGAAAAUAUGAUACUAAAAUAUCGAAAAUUUGUGAGGAAGGAAUAUGGAAAAGCAAGAUAAUUACAUCACAGCCACAUUGACAUUUGGCAGGAAAAAUCUAAUUGUGCUGAUUGGCCUUUACACAGUGCUGACACACCGCCACCUGCUGCUAGUAGGUACGUUGGAUAUAAAAAGUCUACUCAGCCUAAAAAGCCUACGAGAACAUCUGGAAUUUAUUUGUCGUUAUUGAAAGACACUUGAAAUUGUGUGACACUUGAAGGUGUGUGCUGACUCCCAUGGUUAAAUGGAAAUGGUUAAUUCUCAGCACAGCCACAUCCUAGUAGGGUGUGCACAAUUGUACAAUCACAACUCACUUGUUUUUUCCAUGAGUAUAUAGUUUAAUGAUCGCCUUGCGGUACUGUCCAUACUAAGUUAAGAAAGGCAUUUUACACAAGAAACCACAUGGUGGCAGUGUCAACCUUUGCAACUCAUGUUGUACUCUCUUGACUUAGACUUUGACUUCACACACACACACGCAUGCACGCAUACGCACACACACACACACACACGCACACACACACACACAGUUAGGGUUUUGAAGGAGGGUUUCAAACUAGGUUUAGGGUUUCAAACUAGGUU